AUGCUCAAAUAUCUCAUAUUCCUUGCAAUUUUGAUCUCUGUCGUCAACUCUAAUGGUUAUAUGACAAUUCGCCUGAGAAAGUGCAUUUCCCCUGAAUGUAACUGUCGAAGUGGCCGAGGAAGUAUAUUUUCCAAUUUACAGACGCUCGUUUAACCUCCGACUUCUCCCUAAUAAAGUUGCAUUUGUGACGAAUAUUCCUGUAAAGUUCGGACGACCUGGAAUAGUGUUGGUGAAUUGUGGUUCGGUUGAUCCGGUCCGGAAGUUUGAUAUUGAAUGCUUUACUAUACGUUCGACACGCUGGAAUACACAUGUGAGAAGUGUGGCUUCAGACAAUGUGAUCUUGCCAUUAACUGGAUUUCAAUAUGAUAUUAAGUGUAAUAGAUAUUGGCAUGGCCUUUCUGCAACAAAUUCUGCAACGACGACGUUGCCCGCUCAAUUAACA